AUGGAGCUAUGCAACGAAGUCGGUCUUGUAGGCCUUGGAGUUAUGGCUAGCGCCUAUGCCAGGAACCUAUACUUUAGAAAAGUCAACAUUUCGGCGUGGAGCAGAAGUUCUGACGAAAUUGCGGCUUUCGAGAGGAAAUUGGACCAAGAAAAGCCACGAAGCAGUUCUUCCGAGUUUGGAAGUGUUAAAUGUUUUGAAAGUUUGGAGGAUUUUGUUGCGAGUUUGGCGUCUCCCAGGAAAAUUUUGAUACUGAUUACCGCUGGGAGUCCCGUCGAUUCUAUGCUGGACAAACUCAUCCCGCUCCUGCAGGAAGGCGACAUUGUCGUUGACGGAGGGAAUGAGUGGUAUCUCAACACCAAGCAAAGAAUUGAGCGCUGCAAAGGCUUUGGGAUUCGCUUCUGCGGUAUGGGUGUAAGCGGCGGAGAACAAGGCGCCAGGAAUCAUCCCUGUCUCAUGUUUGGAGGCGAGAUGGAAGAUUAUCUUCAGCUCUUCCCGAUCAUGUCCCAAGAUGGCAAGGACUUUUAUGUCGGCACUGGUGCCUCUGGACAUUACGUUAAGAUGGUGCAUAAUGGGAUCGAGUACGCAAUUUUGCAGGCGAUUGCAGAGGUUUACAAGGUUCUCAAACUUGUAAAUGGGUCAGAGAAUGAUGAGAUUGCGAAAUUGCUCGGGGACUGGAAUCGCACAGAGUUCAAGUCGUAUCUGUUGGAUAUUACGGAAAUGAUCUUGCAGGAAAAGGAUAAUGGUGAUUACAUAGUUGAUAAGAUUACCCCGAGCAUCUCCUCCAACGGAACGGGAAAGUGGACAGUGCAAGACUCGUUCGAUAGAGGAAUCCCAGUACCCUCAAUUGGCAUGUCCGUGGACAUGAGAAGCUUUAGCAACCUCCUUGACUUGGAUGUGUACAAGAUUGACUCUGACGGACAAAAGGUCGACCCAGAAAAUCUGAGGGCUGCAUUUCGUGCAAGUUUGGUGAGCAUUUUUUCCCAAGGAAUACAGCUUCUAACUGAAGCUUCCAAGGAGUUUGACUGGGGUCUGGAGAUUGACAAGGUUGCAGACGUGUGGUCAAGAAACAGCAUUAUUAGCUGUGAGCUCCUAAACGCCAUCUCUGAGAAAUACCAAAGGGGUAGUACGAACCUGUUGCAAGUAGCCGAACUUUUGAAAAUAGUGGACGAGAAUCUAGCUCCCUGGAAAAAAGUAGUGACGGACUGCAUAAACUACAACGUCACACUUCCUGUAAUUACAACCAGUCUACAAUACGUUCAAGUACUCUUGUCCAAACAGCACUGUCACAAUCUGAUACAAGCACAAAGAGACUGCUUCGGAUCUCAUGGGUUUAAUAGAGUGGACUUGCCAGGGAAACACCAUCACGAUUGGUGGAGGAAUCGCAAACAAUAG